UUUCUUUUCGUUUUCUAUUUUUUAAUUUUCCCCAAGAAAACCUCUGUUCCAGUCUCAGCUGCAUCUGCUAUCCGCUCACCUCUCGCCGCCUCCACCAUACGCCGUUGAAGCUCUCCGACAAACGGCUUUGUCUAUUCCACCUGAAGGUUCAGAUCAUUAUUAUCAUCAGAGUGUAAAGAUGGGGAGAAAAGCUGGUGAGCUGCAUAUAAACGCAAAGAAGUUUGGUGGACUUUCAAAACCAUGUAUGAAAGAUAUGAUUACAUUUCUUGGGUGUUUGUCACUUAAUCAUAACUCUGAUGAAAAAUGCACUCGUCAACGACAACUACUAGACACCUGUUUGGAAUCACAGAGUGGCAAAAAAAGAAAACCUUGGGGAACCCUCAAUUAUCACUUGCAGAGGCUCAACAGAGGGAGGAAGUAGUAGUAACUUAAAGCAUUGCAUUGCAGAGAUUAGAUUAUUCGCAUGUUUGAUAGAUAACUUACCUUUAUUUUUGCUUUAAUUACCGAUUUUGAUUGAUUAUCAUAAAAUGCAAGUAUCGUAUUUACUUCUUUACUUUAAUCAAUAUAACGUGUAUGGUAUGAUGUAUUGUUUGCAUAUGUAUCAAUAUAUGAUGUGUGUGUAAUGA